AUGGCCGCCCAGCCGUUGAUCCUGCAGCUGCGGGGCCUCCACGCCGCCUUUGCAAGGGUGGCUCCCUCCGAGGAGGCAGUCGAAGGCAUGCAGGAGAGUGCACAGAGCCUGGUUGCCAUUGCCCGCGGCUGCUCCCUCACGGUUGAUGCCUUCGACACGCCAGAAGUGCACAGGGCUGUCGUCGGAUUGGCGAGCCGCCUGGAGGCCUUCAGCGCCGUGGCCCAGCGGCCUGGGCAGCCGCAUUGGGCCAUGCAUCAGGUGUACGUGGGCUUGAUGGUCCUGGACGUGGUCGCCAAGGUGGCCUUGCAGCUGCAGCUGAGCGUACAGGACAGGCAGCGCAUGGCGGGCGCCGCGGCGCUGGCCCUUGGCGCCGGGCUGCGGCGCUUGGAGGAGACGUAUGCCGAGGUCGUCGCGAUGCGAGGUAACCCGCUUGGGCUGGAGGCGCUGGAGGAGGAGGCGGGCAAGCACGUACUCGUGAUCGAGUCCCUCGUGCUGCCGCUGCUGGAGCCCAGCGUGCACCCGCAGCAGGGGGCGGCGGCGUUUGCGGCCGGCGUGGGCAAGCCCGCCGCCAUCGUCCCCUGGCUCGCCGCCGUCUGCCGGGCGAUGACGCUGGCUGCCACCGGCCCGCACACCAUGCAAUUCCCCAUACUCGCGCGCUGCCUGGGCCUGGUACUGCGCCUCUCCCUGCCUCCCUUCCGGGAGCACAGCCGCCUGCUGGCCUCGACGCCAGACGCCCGGCAGGCUGUUGCGGCCUUUGUGCUGCACACGUGCCUGCCAGCGCAGGCGGCCAUCGCCACCCGCGAAGCCGCCCACCUGGCUCGAGACCUGAUGGGGUGGCCGGCAGCCGCCCCGCGCCCGCCAUCCGCCCUCGGCGCGCUGCCCGGCACCUGCCGCGUGAUGGCGGCCAGCCUGUCGGCGAUGCUGUCAGAUGGCAGCCUGCUCCCAGCCUUUACCAGCUGCCUGAGUGGGCCGGGCAGCAUGCAGCUGGCAGUGCAGCAGGCACUCAGCAUUGCGCUGGCACUGCCCGUCAGCCAGCCAGAGGACGCCGGACUGCUCGGAUUCUGCUUGGCCCACAGCCUUGCUUCAUCAGUUGUGGAGAGCAUCUGCUCAGUUGUACGGGGCCAGCCGACGCCCAGCCCUAGCCGCCCCAGUGCCGGUGGCGGACCGGCGGGCAGCAGCAGCAGCAGCAGCAGCAGCAGCAGCAGCGCCGGGCGCGGCCCAGAGGAGUGCAGGCUGCAGCAGCAGCGCGAGGCAGCCUGGGAGCUGGUGCGUGCGCUGCCUGGGCUGGCUCAGGCCAUGGCGGCAGUGGCGGCUGCUGCGCGGGCGGAAGAGGGCAGCGCACGGCUGCAGGACCCUGCGGCGUAUCUGUGCAAGCACUAUGGCCGGUGCCUCCCCCUGCUGGAUUCCUUGGCAAAACGCGAGGCCUCGGCUGAGCACCUGUCAGAGUGGCUGGAUGCGGCAGAUGCAGGCGCCCGGCUCGCGCCGCUGCUGAUCCAUCUGGAUGCCAGCUGGCGCCAGCUGGAGCCGGCGCUGAGGCCUGAAGCGUUUGGCGGGGCGGCGCACCUGGCGGCGAGGCUGACGGUGUUUAUGUGGGACGUGAUGGCAACUGUAGCCGCCCCUGCUGACGCAAUAAGCGAUCAAGCACGGGCAGCCUACGCCGCCCAGCCGCGCCAGCUGGGGCAGCUGCUUGAGAGCAGCUGCCGGCUGGUGCACGUCCCGGUGUCAUCGUCAGCAGCGGCAGGCUCGGCCCUGCCAGCCAUGUGGGCAACUGCCGAGUUUGGGGAGCCUUCUGAGCACCUGCCGACUGCCGCAGCCGGAGGCUGGCUGGCGCUGCUCAAGGCGCUGAUGUCUCAGUUCGUUUGGACCCUCAACAUGCUGGCGCCGCACGUCAAGGCGGGCGCGGCCAGCCUGCUCCAAGUGGUGGCAAACUGCCCGGCGGCAGCGGACCGCGCCCUGCUGGAUCUGCUGCGAGAAGUGCUUGCGGCGGCAUGUGGGCAGAGGGAUCAAGCCGAGGCUUCCCAUUGGGUGUGCAUGCUCGGGGUGGUGGUGCGUGCAUCCAGGCGGCACGCGCACCUGGCGGCAUGCCUCACCACCACUGGCGUGCUGGCUAUGCUUCUGGAGCAGGCUGCGGUUCUGGACGAAGAGGGCAUCGGGGAUGAGACCACCGGGACGCUCAGCAGCAGCGGCUCCGCUGGCGCCGGUGGCAGCAGCGACAGCGGGGGCGCAGGCGGCAACAGCGGGCCUGCCGAGCUGCAGGCCUGGCAGCAGCGUCUGGCCGCGCCAGGCGUGAUGCAGCGCCUUCUCGACAUUGCCGCAGAGGACAGCAAUGAGCCGGUGAUGCCGAGGCAGGAGGCUGAGUUUCUGGGGACGCUGUUGCCAGCUGCUGCUGAUCUUGCGGCGCUGCUGCUGACGGUCUGGGAGCAGCAGCCAGGCAGCAAGGCGCAGAUGGCCGUGGAGCUGUCCCUCGCGUCGGCCACCCGCAGCUGUGCCAACCUGCGCUGUGCCAACCCGGCGACAGUGGGCGGCAAGCGCAAUCCAAGGUGCUCCGGCUGUCGCACGGUGCGCUAUUGCUGUCGCCAGUGCAGCGUGGCGGACUGGCGGCCGCGCCACAAGCUGGUGUGCAAGGUGCUGGCUGCUCAGCAGCAGGCAGAACAGGAGGCGGCGGCGCCCUGA